ACUCUCUCCCUCCUCCCCUUUCUCUCUAUCUCCUCCCUCCCCUUCUCUCUCUCUCCUCCUUCUCUCUAUCCUUUUCCACACUGCCGCUCGCCCAUGUCUUCCACUCUUCGCAUGCGUUUGAGCCGAGCGAACAGGAGGCAGCGGACCGGCUAACCCCUCUCCUCUUGUACAAUGGACACUAAACGCUCCCGUAGCACAAGGCAUGGCGGCUGGUUUACACAAAGUGGUCAGCAGGGGUCAUGAGGGCGGCGGAGGCUCGUGGCGCUGUGAGGAGCAGCUGAGGCAGACAUGGCACCCAUCGGAUCCGCGUCAACGACCUUACCAGCCACUUCCUGCUUCGCCUCAAUCACCGCGGGCAACCAAACGCGUUCUCUGCGCUUGUUGUCACCUCCCACUAAACGUUUGCGAUGAGAAUGUCCGAUUCGGUCGACUGUGAAGCAAUGAAGGUUUCCGAGGACCGAGUGUCGUCCCCCAAAGACAACAGCGCCACCACCAGGCCAGACCAAGCCACUGACAGCCAGAGCAUGAGCCGCGAUGAGCACGGCCCCAACAACAAGAGGGAGACGCAGCCUGUGAAGCACUCCAAGUCCAACAGCAGGCUAAAGCUCGUCAGGAGCCUGGCCGUUUGUGAAGAGUCCUUCCCCUGUCCCAUUACUGAGCCCGCAACUGCUCCUCAGGACGGAUUCCCUCUGAAGGCGUUUGAAAAGGAGGAGAGGGGAACGCAGGACCAAGCCGAAAAAGAAAGCGACAAAAUUGACAAACCCGAAAAGACGAUUCGUAAAAUGCUGUCUAGAGAUUCCAGCCAAGACUACACAGACUCAACUGGAAUAGAUCUGCACGAGUUCCUGGUGAACACGCUAAAAGGCAAUCCAAGGGAUCGAAUUAUGUUACUCAAACUGGAACAGGACAUUUUGGACUUCAUCAGCAAUAAUGAGAGCCAGCAGAGGAAGUUCCCGCCCAUGUCGUCCUAUCACCGGAUGCUGUUACACAGAGUGGCUGCAUAUUUCGGCAUGGACCACAAUGUAGACCCCAGCGGCAAGUCUGUGGUCAUCAACAAGACCUCCAACACUAGAAUCCCCGAUCAGAAAUUCUCAGAGCACAUCAAGGAUGACAGGACGGACGAUUUUCAGAAGCGCUACAUUCUGAAACGAGACAACUCCAGCUUUGAUCCAGAAGACAUCACGGGCGAUCAUUUCCUCCUAGACAGAAGCGUUCAAGACGAAGACCUGUGCAUGAGCAGCCAACAGCGCCGCCAAAUGUUCAGGCUGGGAGUGGGUCGAUCAGGGGCCAGCAGACAGAGCAGCUCAGAGACAGACACUCUCCCCAGACCCUCGGACCCUCGCCCCUGGAGCAGCACGGACAGCUCAGACAGCUCCCACCGCCUGGCCCCCCGACCCCCCAUCACCAAAGCCCGCAGCUUCAGUGGAGUCUGUCCCGGUCUGGUGCGGGGGGACAGCACAGCCAGCAGCAAGAGCACAGGGAGGCUGUCCAAAACCGGUUCUGAGUCUUGCAGUAGCGUUGGUUCCUCUUCGAGCUCUCUGUCCCGCCCGCAGCUGCCCCCUGCUCCCUCCUCUCGCCCUGUUAUCCCCACUACACCAACAGCCCACCCUAACAACGACACCAGGGGAGCGGGACACCACGAAAUGAUCAAAAAUGUUCCUUCUCAGCCACCAUCCAUCAACGAUGCUCCAAACUACUAUAUCCUGCCACUGGAAGCCUCUGGGAUUCCUCCUGGCAGUGUCCUGGUCAACCCACACACAGGCAAGCCGUUCAUUCACCCUGACGGCAGUGCUGUAGUGUACAACCCGGCUACAAUCACUUCGAACAUCGGAAGGAGCGUUCAGCAAAAGAAUCCUCAACAACCAAUCCAAACCCAGGGCCAACUGCAGGCAGCCAAUCAUCUGCACUCUCAGCCUUUCUGUCCUCUCCAGUCUGAUCCCGUCCAAAGCUCAGCGAUGUCGUACCCUCUUGCUCCUUCUCAGUACCUGCCUGUGUGUCCUAACCAACAAUACACUGUGCCUGAAGCCCUCAACGCCCAGUUCAAUCAGAUGAGCCUCUCUCAGCCCGGGCAGAGUGACCCCAAUCCCCCCGCCCCAGACCCCCGCUACUAUCCCACUGUGUACCACCACCACCACGCACCGCCCCACAUGCUCCUGCAAGGGGCGCCUCCACAGCAGAUGACGAGUUAUGUGGUGACCGGGCCCUCCGCGGGACAUGGGGGCAUGAUGGGAGCGCAGCCUGUGUCCCUUCAUACCUCCGGGCAUAACCAGGGCUAUUCCAACAACCCCACCCCAGCACCAGGGGCCUUCUCGGGGGCGAUGCUCAACCAACCGCUGCUCCAACAACACACGUAUAUUCAACAACCAAUGCAGCAGGUCUCGGCGUGUUACUGCUCUUCGGUGCACCACCCACACUGUGCGACCCAGCAACAACAACAAGCGCACCCUCAGCAGCAGCCUCACUACCGCCCCCCUGCUGUGAACCCGUACAACUGCCCUCAGACCCAGAAUCUGCCCCCUCAACAAGUGCACCAGUCCAUGAUGCCAAACCAGGGCUCCAGCUUCCACCCGCCCCUGGUCCAGUCCAGCCCCAGUCUGUCUGUGCCCGGGCCCCAACAAAGCAAUAUGAACCCCCCCCUGCAAGGCAUGGUGCUCCAGUACCCCACAAUGCAGGCCUAUCAGCAGGUAUCAAUGCCGCAGCAGCAGUACCAGCAGCCUGUGUUUGUCCCGUGUCAGCCCGGACAGCAGGGGGCAGUGUCAGUGGGAGGGGUCCAGCCGUGCUACAGCCUCCUGCCCCCAAACCAGCACACCACCAUGAGUUCGACUGUGAGUUUCCUGCCUGCCCCGAUGAUGGAGCAGCUUCCCUUCUCCCAGAGCUCCACUCCCUGUGUUUCCCAGACGCUCCCGGGACAGCAGUACACAGGGCUGUUACCACACACCCCCGGCAGUUCUAUGGUGAUGCUACAGAUGACGUCGCCCCCUAGCUGUCCGCAGCAGAGAGCGCCUUCUCCGUGCCACAGAAAACAACCCAAUCACCACAAACACAACAGCGGCUCAGAGCAUCAGCGCCCCCGCAGGACAGCCCCAGAACUGCAGCUGCCCCUAGACAACUCCCAGAGCAGCCUGCCCUCGUCCCCGGCCCUCACCCCUUCACCGGGACAGUCCCACAGCGGUGGCAGCAUCAAGCCCCUCCCCGCAGGACUCUCACCCCUCUCGCCCCUCUCCCCCCUCCCUCUCAUGGGCCACCCCACGCACCCACACCCGGUGCUGCCUACGGCUUUCUGCCACACUGGACAAGGUGAAGCACACUAUUCGCUGGUGGGACAGCCUCUGCAGUACAAGACCUCCAUCAGAGCUCCACUGCUGCACACGGCCCAUGUGGUCACCAAACACCAGGGUCCUCUGGGGGUGUGGCGCGGCGGUCAUGGGAGGAGAGCCAACCGCAAACCUGUAUCUACAGACCUGAGUUGAAACCCAAGCGGAGGGUCCGACGACACGUCCUCGCCAAAACACACCAAAUCUCGGCAAAGAAUUUCCGAAGUAUCGCUCCACCUGCAUCUACAAUCAACAACAUUCAAAUCUACAAACCGUACGAAACCAGGAUGGUGCGAAGUGGACUGUUUAAAGCUGCUACAACUUCACAAAUGUUUACUUUUAAUUUAUUUUAUAUUUUCUCAAAGCCGAGCAGUUCCCAAAAUGGCCACCGCCGCCGCAGCGUUACGUGAAAUUUUUUAUGCCUAUAAGGUUUUCUUUUGCCAUAGCAGCGUUAAGGAGGUUCGAACAGUUGCCAUUGUUAAAACCAAGUGUAAUAUUUUUGCAUUUAAAUUUCUUAUACAUAUCUUUAAUAUAUAUAUUGUUAUAAAAAGUGUGCUUCUCAGUUUUAUUUUGUUUUUGUUUAGGUUUCAUCGCCCUGGCAACGAUAGAAUAUUGUAAUGGUUCAUGUCACCGGUUUUCACAACAGUAACGGCCCAUAUACGAUAGAUCGAAAUAGAAAUACUAGCUUAAAUACGACGUCAUCUUAGGCACCGCGAAUGUUGUUUUUGCACUGAUUUGAUAGAGGUUUGUUGCACUCAUCCGACUUUUUUAUAUUUAAAUUAAAAAUGUUUAUAUAUGCACAACGAAAAUGCAAUCUUAUGUGGCUUUGUUUAAUUUUUUUAUUUCAAUUUUUUGUUCUUUUUC